CGCGGCUGUCAGCUGCACAGCAGCCUCUCUGGGGCAGCUGGGAAUCACAUAUAAACACUCGACUACCCAUCAUCAUCCAUCAUGCGCGUUGCCCUCCCUCUGCGCCAGGCGCGCCGCGAGGUGCACGGCAUGAUCCUCGUCUUCCGCGAAUCUGCUACUGCCCCAUCCCCCAUCCGCUCCCACCCAGGCGCCCCCGUGCCAAGCGACACCAACCCCUUCGCACGCGACCCGCCGUCGCCACCAGAGCAAGGCCAGACACCAUCGGGCCUCCCUGCAUGGCACCUCAAGUCUCGAACACGGCAGGUGGGUAGCAGCCGCUUUGUCGACUACGAGCGCAAGCAGGCGCCGGUGCCGCACGGCGUGCCACCAAACUUCCCCGACGACCAGCUCGAAGGCAAGCGACGGCUACCGGGCUGGGCGGUGUGGUUUGUCGGCAUAUUUGCCCUGAGCAUCAUCGAAGACAUUGUUGUCGCACGAACCCGCGCGGCCAAACGCCGUGACGAAGAGAAGGACGAGCAUGGCAAUGAGGUACGGCCUGAAUGGGACGAACGCGGUGACCGGAUGCGGGCGAUGAAUGCACAGCGCACCCGAGUAGAGGAACAAGCUCGUCGCAUCCAGGGCGGGAGGGGAUUAGGGCCUGCGCCGCCGCAGCAGAACCAGUGGGGCGACUCGCCCGAGUCGUUCGACGCCGGCGCCGGACGGAGCAGCGAGGCCUUUGGCCGUGGUUGAAGAUGAGGGUUGCUCGAUAGCAUGUGGAAGACUCGCAUGGGGCAUGGGCAUGUUGGAUGCAUGCUGCAGAUGCUCUUAGUGAGCGCCUGUUACUAACACCCUGUCCGAGUCGACAAGGUCCAGUGACGCCACGUGGCCUACGUCGCCGUCACUUUGACAGUAGUACCUUUCAGCCCCUAGCGCAAUUCACUGCGGGGACAGACGAACAAACACGCUCUGCUUGGGCUUUCCGGCCCGGCCCAGCCUUUCCAGCUUGCUAAUCCA